GAAUAUGUAAAGUCUCACUGCCUCCCAAAGUUCCAGGAAGCAAGAGAAAGCAGCAGUUUGGCCGGGGGGUUUAAGCCUGUUUUGCAGAGAAUCCGUGCCAAGAAGCAGCACUUUGUCUCUCUUGCCUGUUUCUUGUAUUUGCAGCGAUUAACGCCUCAGUUCUCCUGCAUAUCCGCUGGCCUCGUUUGUCUUUCUCUUCUGGUUUAUAGGUUUCCAAUGUGGUCCACUGCCUUGUGCAGAGAUUUGGUUGUUUCAGGUCUGUAAUCACGGGCGUGUUUGACUUCAGCCUGCAUUGUGCUGAAUGCGAGGCAGCGGAAGCUGCUUGCAGGCAGCUCUGCAGAUCACAGAUGCGCCGGCAGCUGCAGCACCUUCCACGUCAGUAGCAUGCAAGGGCACACGAAGUUUGUGUGUCACAGGCUGGCUUCCAGACUGCUGGUUUGGAGCGUGGUGCUGGUGACCGGUAGCUCUGGGUACCCGCAAUGAGCGGCGGCAGGUCGGGUACCGCAGGCAGGCGCUGCGCUGCGCUCCGGUGUCCCGUGUCCCCGUCCCCCCGGGCGCUGCCGCUGCGUGCUGGUGCCCAGGCGGGCACACCAGUGGCCAUGUCAGAAAACACGGGAGGUUCGGCAGAAGGGUCACCUACAUCAGACCUCAACGCGGCGUUGCAUGAGUGCAUGGCAGCUCUGGAUUUAUUUCUUAACAACAAGUUCUCGGAUGCUUUAGCUUCUUUACAAGCGAAAACUAAAGAUAGUAUGUAUCACGCACUGACUUACGCCACCAUCCUGGAGAUGCAAGCGAUGAUGACGUUUGACCCUCAGGACAUACUGAAUGCAGGAAACACAAUGAAGGAAGCGCAAGCCACUUGUCAAAAAUUCAGGAAGAAAACAACAGUAGCUGAUUCUAUCAACAACCUUGUGCAUAGGCAGACCCUUGAGCGCUUUACUGAAGAGGAAAUCCACGCGGAGAUUUGCUAUGCUGAAUGUUUGCUUCAGAGAGCAGCACUCACGUUCCUCCAGGAUGAGAAUAUGGUUAGCUUCAUAAAAGGAGGCAUCAAAGUCCGAAACAGUUACCAAACGUACAGGGAGCUGGACAGUCUCAUACAGUCUCCACAUUAUGUCAAAGGAGAGAACCAUCUCCAUUUUGAGGGCGGCGUAAAACUCGGAGUUGGAGCAUUUAAUCUGACAUUGUCCAUGUUUCCCGCACGGAUUCUGAGAUUACUGGAGUUUGUUGGAUUUUCUGGAAACAAGGAGCACGGUCUGCUGCAGCUGCAAGAAGGAGCGUCCUCGUACAGCUUUAGGUCGGUGCUGUGUACCAUGCUGUUGCUUUGCUAUCAUACUUUCAUGACCUUUGUGUUAGGGACAGGAAAAGGAAAUGUUGAGGAGGCAGAAAGACUACUUAAGCCUUACUUGACUCGCUAUCCAAAGGGAGCCAUAUUCCUGUUUUUUGCAGGCAGGAUAGAAACACUGAAGGGUAAUAUUGAUGCGGCAGUGAGUAGGUAUGAAGAAUGUUGCGAGGCGCAGCAGUACUGGAAGCAGUUCCAUCACAUGUGUUACUGGGAGCUCAUGUGGUGCUUUACCUACAAGCGUCAGUGGAAGAUGGCUUUCUUCUAUGCAGACCUGCUAAGCAAGGAAAACACUUGGUCAAAGGCUACUUACAUUUACAUGAAAGCUGCUUAUCUCAGUAUGUUUGGACCAGAUGACUGCAGUCCUUUUGGAGACAACGUAGUUGAAUUAUUUAGGAUUGUUCCCAGUUUGAAACUGAAAAUUGCAGGGAAAUCGCUGCCUACAGAAAAAUUUGCAAUUCGGAAAGCUCGACGAUAUCUUUCUCCAAACCCUGUUCCUUUGCCGGUUCCACCUUUGGAAAUGAUGUAUAUCUGGAACGGCUACGCUGUAAUUGGAAAAUGUCCCAACUUAACAGAAGGCAUGUUAGAGACUUUAAUUGAAGCAGAAGCAGCAUUGGCAAGUAGUUCAGCUACAGAAGUGCUAGUAGAUGACCAGUGCGUGAUAAAGCUGUUAAAGGGCUUAUGCCUCAAGCAUUUGGGGAACAUCUCGGAAGCAGAAGGCCAUUUUAAUUACAUCUAUUUAAAUGAGAAGAAGAUAAAAUAUGACCAUUAUCUCAUUCCAAAUGCCUUGCUGGAGUUGGCGAUAUUGUACCUAGACCAGGACAGAAGAGGAGAGGCAAUAAAACUACUGGAAAGAGCAAAACAAAACUACAAGAAUUACUCCAUGGAAACACGAACACAUUUCAGAAUUCAGGCCGCCCUGCACCAAGCCAGAUCGGCCCCAGGAGACGGAGCCGCGGCCGUGUCGUGACCUGUCCUCUCGGACGUCCUGCUGGUUGGAAACUCGGGUGCAGAAGGUUGCCGACACUUUAGAGUUACUUUCCUUCUCUUUCAAGUCAGUGAGAAACCAAAUCAUUUGUAAUUUUAAAGGUGAUGCGUAAAACAUUAAUCUAGUGUAAUGACAUGGCAAAAAAUCUUCUCAAACCAAGCAUAACUCUGCAAAAUAUUGUUUUUCCAACAGUGGCUUUUUGAAUCCUUACAUCUGUGUAAUCCGUUUUUCAAUCAUGUCUGCCGUUUUCUUGCGUUUGCAGCAUUUACUAAGCAAGUACAGCUUAAAGGGAAACAAUUGGAGAGAAUCAAACCACGCAGCUUUAAAGACUGACAGGUUAAUCUCAGCUGUAGGCGUCUGUGUGAACCCGUGCGGCCAGCGCCGAGGGGACGCUUCGCCCUUUCCAAGUGCCUGCGGGGCUGCGGCGGCGCGAGGAGCUGCGAGUCCCGGCCGUUGCUGGCUGUGCGCAGAGACGCCUCUUUUCCAGCUUUUACCAGUCAAGUUUUUGCUUCUGUAAGAAACUUGCUGGUGAAAAAGAAUGGUCUCCCUUGUGCAAGUAUCUUGACUUUUUCUUUAAUUUGGUUUUCGUGUCAGGUGUGCUGCCCGUAGCAGCUGAAUGAUUUACUGAGGAUUUGGAGGGGGAAGCUAGUGACGAUAUAAAACUGCAUCACUUCUGUGACAGGUUUAAAAACCGAGAGGUCCUUAGGAAGCAGUUUUUUCAUCAGAACAAACAUGACCAGUUUGUAUCAGAUGUGAAGCACAGGUCCCUGAAGGUGACCUAAGAAACAGCGGUGCUGCGCCGGCCGCGCCGCAGCACGGGGGUCACAGGGGCGGAUGGAGCGGCCCCUGGCACGGGCUCUGCUUUCCACAAGGGAGAGCCCUUUAUCUUUCUGCUCUCUGCUGAUCUUUGGGGGGAAUUUCUGUGUUAAGGGGCUUUGAGAAUAGAGCAACGAGCUGGGUCUGCUUUAAUUGCUGCUUUUCCGCAAGACUGGUGCAGUCAGCGUAGCACGGGUUUGACUUUAUUCGCCGUUCUCCAGGCCGGCUCCGUGUUCGUGUGCCUGUGGGGUUUUGGGGCGCACUUCUACCUCCCUUUUGAAAGAGCUUCAUCCCCAUGACCCGCUCUGAGCUGUGGAGAACGGGAGGUCUGCUGCACAGCCCCUUUUCUCCAAUGGAGAUACCGGUCAGGAAUAUUCAUACCUAUGUACCGCACAGUGAAUAUUCUUUCCAAAGAGAUUGUUCCCAGCAGAAGAGAAAAUUGACGGAUUAUAGCGCUGCUUUUACCUCCUCUGAGGAAACGACACUGUUUUAUAAUUGCAAAUUAAUAUGCAAGGAAACAGAACCCCUGUUCCUCCACACGGAGAACGUACAUUGUCUUAAAAAUAGACACCCUUUAUAAAAGUCUUCCCAAGUUAAAUUGUAGACGAAGAACACAUUUUUUAAAGUUACUUGCUCAGAUAAAUUCAGUUCAGAUAGAUUUCUUAAUUUGGACAAAGUUCAGUAUAAACAAGUUAUGCUAUUUACAUCUAUCAUAUCAAAACCUGAGUGUAAAAAUUCAGUCAUUCUUUGUAUAGAAUAAAAAAUGUUCUAUUUCAUGCAUAUAA